AUGAGAGCAAAAGUAAGUAUAAAAGCCACCAAGCACCCUGCUGAAGAAGAAGAAGAAGAAGAAGCCAAUACAAUGCCUGUGACCACUACCCUAUUGAACAACUCUCUCUAUCACCACCGUCCCCAUCUUCUCUUCUCUUCUUCUCCCUCCUCCAAGCUCCCGUGGUUCCGUUCCCGCUUGGCCCCUCGCCGACUCCGAAGCUUCGGACCUCUGUCCAUUCGCUCCGCCGCGAAUGCCGCGAUCCAUGAAGCUGCCGAUGCCGAUGCCGGCAUGGACCCGGUGCAGAGGCUCCUCAUGUUUGCGGACGAAUGCAUUUUGGUUGACGAAAAUGAUCGGGUUGCCGGUCAUGAAUCGAAAUAUAAUUGUCACUUAAUGGAAAGGAUUGAGAAAGAAAAUCUGUUGCAUAGAUCUUUCAGUGUUUUCUUGUUCAACUCAAAGUACGAGUUACUGCUUCAGCAACGAUCAGCGACGAAGGUAACUUUCCCCCUUGUGUGGACAAACACCUGCUGCAGUCAUCCCUUGUACCGGGAGUCCGAGCUUAUCGAAGAGAAUGCUCUGGGUGUGAGGAUUGCCGCACAGAGGAAGCUCUUGGAUGAGUUGGGUCUUUAUGCUGAGGAUGUGCCAGUUGAUCAAUUCAUCCCACUAACUCGCAUGCUGUAUAAGGCACCUUCUGAUGGCAAGUGGGGGGAGCAUGAACUUGACCACUUGCUCGUCAUUGUUCGAGAUGUCAUCGUCCAUCCAAACCCCGAUGAAGUCGCCGACGUCAAAUACGUGAACAGGGGGCAGCUAAGAGAGCUGGUGAGGAAAGUUGAUGCUGGUGAGGAUGGUCUGAAGCUGUCACCCUGGUUCAGACUAAUUGUGGACAAUUUCUUAUUCAAGUGGUGGGAUCAUGUCGAAGAAGGGACUCUCAAACAGGCUGCUGAUAUUGAGAACAUUCAUAAGCUCACUUAA